CGUGGAUGUAGGCUGACGAGUACUGUUGGUAAAAACUGGAGCAUAUCCGACAUUUGCUUUACAUAUAAAGCAGGACACGUAAGCACUGCAGGCUUUGCAUAGACAGGUAACCGGCUUACACAGUGUUUGAUUUACAGAAGUAAAGCUAUAGACUGAAGCAUGGCCAAGAUAAUCACGGUAUUCGGAGCGACAGGCGGACAAGGAGGUGGUGUCGUGGAUGCUUUACUUACCGACCCCGCAUUCAAGGUGCGAGCCGUCACCCGUAACGUCAACUCCGACAAAGCCCAGAAGCUGAAAGCUCGAGGUGCCGAAGUCGUCGCGGCCAAUGUUGAUGAGCCAGACAGUGUGAAAGCAGCUUUAAAGGGAGCUUACGGGUGUUUUGUAGUCACAAACUACUGGGAUCACUUUGACGCUGCAAGGGAGACGAAACAAGGUAAAGAUGCCGUUGAUGCAGCCAAAGAAGUCGGGAUCAAACAUUUCGUGUACAGUGGUUUAGAAAAUGUUCAGAGGACCCUGGGUAUACCGUGUGAACAUUUUGACUCUAAAGCAGCCGUGGAAGAGUACCUUCAACAGAGUGGUCUCCCUUUCACAAGUGUACGCUUCUCUUUGUACUUCGACAACUUCACAACGAUUCUGGUACCGACAAAAGUGGGAGAGAACAAAUUUGCAUUAAAUUUGCCCAUGGGAUCCGUACCCCUGGAUGGAGUGGCCGUGAGAGAUGGUGGAGAGGUAAUCCACCAAAUUUUUGUCAAAGAGAAGGAAUUCAUGGGCAAGUUUGUCGGAAUUGGCGGCGAUAGGCUGACCAUGGAGCAAUACGCCGCCAUUUUGUCCAAACACUUGGCACCCAAAAAAUUCGUCGAUGGAAAGAUCACUGUGGAACAGUAUAAAGCUCUGGGGUUUCCAGGAGCAACAGAGAUGGGCAACAUGUUUGACUUUUAUCAGCGGGGCAAUCCGGAGAGAAACGUUGAGCUGUGUCGACAACUUCAUCCCAAAAUCCGCAAUUUUGAACAAUGGGUAUUGGAUAACAAGGAUGCCCUGAACAAAGCUACCAGUUAGAUAUCUACGUCUGUUGCAGAUUUAACACUUUGUUAGAAUUAGAUCAAAACCUCUCAUUUUCACUCCACAGAUAGAAGGUCAAGUUUAGGAUUGGACUGUGUACUGUUUUCAGUUCUGGGUUUUAGAAAGAUUAGCAAUUAAUCAAACUAAUUAAAAAAAAUAAAUUA